CCGAUUUACACGGAGUCCCUGGAUUGCAAAAUUCAAAUUUGCAUAACUCAACAAUUAAUUGCGACAGUUUAUAAUUUAUGCUAUAAAUACCUCUCCGUGGAUUUUUCUCCAGUAUUCGUGUCUGACUCUGCAAUUUAAUUCCAUUGCUGGUGUUGGGGUGUUCUUGUUUCACUCGAACUUUGGAGUUGUAGUUGGUGUUUUUGGUGGGCUUUUUGCGGCGGAGGAAGAGCAAAGAUGACGGUUGGGGCUGGGAUUUCUGUGGAGGGUGGGAACUUGGUGGUGUUGGGGAACAAAGUGUUGUCUGAGGUUCAUGACAACGUUGUGGUUACUCCGGCAUGUGGGGGUGCAUUGGCCAAUGGUGCUUUCAUUGGUGUCCAAUCUGAUCACACUGGUAGCCGCAGGGUCUUUCCGAUUGGCAAACUUGAGGGAUUGCGUUUUAUGUGCGUUUUCCGGUUUAAAUUAUGGUGGAUGACACAGAGGAUGGGCAAUAGUGGCCAAGAUGUUCCCUUUGAGACUCAGUUUUUGAUUGUGGAAACAAAGAUUGAUUCUCAUUUUGGUGAAGGAAGCAAUGAUGGAGCGGAUCAAUCUGCAGCUUAUACAGUUUUCUUACCGAUUCUCGAAGGGGACUUCAGGGCUGUUCUUCAAGGAAAUGAACGUAAUGAGAUUGAAAUCUGCCUAGAAAGUGGAGAUCCUGCUGUUGAUGGGUUUGAGGGUAGUCAUUUGGUUUUCGUUGGAGCCGGAUCAGACCCCUUCGAUGUCAUCACAGAUUCUGUGAAGACUGUGGAGAAACAUUUGCAGACAUUUUCUCCUCGUGAGAGAAAGAAGAUGCCAGACAUGUUGAACUGGUUUGGCUGGUGUACAUGGGAUGCUUUCUACACCAACGUGACUUCAGAAGGCCUGAAGCAAGGAUUGCAGAGCCUAGAAAGUGGUGGAGCCCCUCCAAAGUUCGUUAUUCUUGAUGACGGAUGGCAGUCAGUCGACAUGGACUCUUCUGGUGUUCCAUACAUAGCUGAUAACACAGCAAACUUUGCAAACAGAUUAACACAUAUCAAAGAGAACCACAAAUUUCAGAAAGAUGGUAAAGAGGGUCAGAGGGUAGAGGAUCCUGCUUUGGGGCUUCGCCACAUUGUUACCGAAAUUAAAGAAAAAUACGCUUUGAAAUAUGCUUAUGUGUGGCAUGCCAUAACUGGAUAUUGGGGAGGUGUUAGACCUGGUGUUGCUGAAAUGGAACACUACGAUUCAAAGUUGGCCUACCCAAUUUCAUCUCCAGGGGUUGAGUCUAAUGAGGAUUGCUUUGCCUUGAAAAAUAUUACCACAAAUGGGCUCGGCCUUGUGAAUCCCGAUAAAGUUUUCAACUUUUAUGAUGAACUGCACUCUUAUCUCGCAUCAGCUGGUAUAGAUGGAGUCAAAGUUGAUGUUCAGAACAUUCUUGAGACCCUAGGGGCAGGCCAUGGUGGAAGGGUAAAGCUUACGAGAAAAUACCAUCAAGCAUUGGAAGCGUCUAUCGCUAGAAACUUUCCUAACAACGAAAUUAUUUCUUGUAUGAGUCACAAUACAGAUGCUUUAUACAGUGUGAAGCGUACAGCUGUUAUAAGGGCAUCAGAUGAUUUCUGGCCUAGAGAUCCAGCGUCGCAUACAAUUCAUAUCGCAUCAGUUGCUUACAACACUGUUUUCCUUGGGGAGUUUAUGCAGCCGGAUUGGGAUAUGUUUCAAAGCCUGCAUCCAAUGGCUGAAUAUCAUGGAGCAGCUCGCGCAGUUGGAGGAUGUGCAAUUUAUGUUAGUGACAAGCCUGGGCAGCAUGACUUCGAUCUUCUGAGGAAGCUCGUACUUCCUGAUGGAUCUAUCUUGAGGGCCAAACUUCCAGGAAGACCAACAAGAGAUUGCUUAUUUUCUGAUCCUGCCCGAGAUGGGAAAAGUCUUCUGAAGAUAUGGAAUCUGAACGAUGUUACUGGAGUUGUGGGGGUCUUCAAUUGCCAGGGAGCUGGGUGGUGUAAGGUUGGAAAGACGAACCUCAUCCACGACCUGGAACCAGGCACAAUUACCGGGGUUAUUCGGGCUAAAGAUGUUAUUUAUCUGCCCAAGGUUGCAGAUGAGAAAUGGUCUGGGGAUGUUGUCGUAUUUUCUCAUCUUGGUGGAGAGGUGUCUUAUCUUCCCAAGGAUGCAUCCAUGACAAUAACAUUAAAAACCCGGGAAUAUGAAGUCUUCACAGUGGUUCCCGUCAAGGAACUGUCCAACGGCGUAAAAUUUGCUCCCAUAGGCCUAAUCAAGAUGUUGAACUCUGGGGGAGCCAUAAAAGAAUAUGAUGAACCUAACACAAGCACAACAGUUGUCGUGAAAGCUCGUGGAUGUGGCACAUUUGGAGCCUACUCAUCAGCUCGACCCAAGAGGAUAACAGUUGAUUCGGAGGAAACUGAGUUUGGAUAUGAAGACACGUCUGGUUUACUCACCACUGAUUUGAGGGUGCCAGAGAAAGAACUGCACCUUUGGGACAUCAUCAUCGAGUUUUAAGGUAUAAAUUACAAGUGUUGUAUUAGAAUGUUGUGUAGGCGUGUAGAAGGAAGCGGUGUACCUUGUCGUUGUAGUAACUAAAAUUGGAAGGAAAAUGCAGACUGCUGUUAUUGUCUGCAUCGUGGCUUGCAGUUUGUAUUCGUGAAAUUGGGAGAGAAAUGAAAGCUUCUAUUUAACUA